AUGGCACCUCAGAUCCUUCGAUCGCUCGAGCCGGCACCGCCGCGCGUGCAGAGAGGAAACCUCUUCGACUUUCUCUACAGCAACCCAAACAAGGUCGACGAAAACAAGCCGGCCUUCUACCGUCUCGACGGUUUUAAAAUCACUCGCAAGCAGCUCCAGGAUGACGCCCGCCGUCUCGCAUACUCUCUGCGUCACAAACUCGGCCUCCAGCCCGGUUGCAGAAUCGCCAUAGUUUCGCCUAACAGCACCGUCUACCCCUUGAUCGUGCACGCGGGUUUGUGCGCUGGUGUCGUUCUGGUCCCCCUCAAUGCUGCAUAUGGGCCAGAAGAGCUCGUCCACCCAAUUCACGAAGCCGAUGUCGAUUACAUCUUCUGCCAUCAGAGCGCACUCAGCACAGCCAGAGAAGGUCUUGAGCAGGCCAAGAAAGGUCUCAAGUCCAAGAAUGGCCAGAACCGUCUCUGGAUCCUCGAUGACGGCGACAGCCUCAAGAAAGGUGACAAGGGCGAGCAAGACGCACGCAUCUUGCUCGGAGAGGAGCGACUCCAGACGCACAAGGUGGUCGACGAUCGAACCGAAGACGCCUUCAUUGUCUUCUCGAGCGGCACCAGCGGUAAGCCGAAGGGUGUCCAACUUGUGCACGGCAACAUCACUGCCGUCACAACUGCCAUUGUCACCACCUUUAGCGACGCGAUCGGCCCCAACGACCGAUACGUCGCUGUGCUGCCCAUGUUUCACAUCUUUGGCUUGGUCAAGAGUAUCAUGAAGGGUGUCUACACUGGUGCCGAAUCGGUGGUGUUGCCCAGGUUUGACCUCGACAUAUUCUGCUCGGCGGUGGAGAAGUUCAAGUGCAACGUCAGCUAUGUCGUGCCUCCCAUUCUUGUGCUGCUGGCCAAGGACCCUCGCGCAAAGAAGUACAACCUCAAGAGUCUAAAGUGGGUCAUGUCGGGUGCAGCGCCGCUGGGAGCCGAGCUGAGUUUGGAAGUGGAAGCGACGCAUCCCGGAUUGAAAGUCACGCAGGGUUGGGGAUUGAGCGAGACCUCGCCCACUGCCACCUUCGCACGACCAGACGAGUACCACGCCCACAUGGGUAGCUGCGGACGACUGCUCGCCGGUGUCGAGGGUCGAUUGGUUGAUGAAGAUGGCAAUGACGUCGGUUUCGAGCAGGGAGAGAACGGCAAGCCCGGUGAAUUCUGGGUUCGUGGUCCCACCAUCAUGAAGGGUUACCUGAACAACAAGGAGGCCACUGACGACUGCAUCACACCCGACGGCUGGUUCAAGACGGGUGAUGUUGCCAUCAUGAAGGACAACUUCUUCUGGAUCGUCGACCGCAAGAAGGAACUCAUCAAGUACAAGGGAUUCCAGGUUCCCCCUGCCGAGCUCGAAGCAACCUUGCUCUCCCACCCCAAGAUUGCAGACGCGGCUGUCAUCGGUAUCCAGGACAAAGAACAGGCAACCGAGCUGCCUCGAGCCUACGUCGUGUUGAAGGAAGACGUAGCUAAGAGUGAGAACCCAGACGCAGUAGCGAAGGAGAUCAUCGAGUGGACAGCCACCAAGGUUGCCAACCACAAGCGUCUACGAGGUGGUGUGAGGAUUCUCGAAGUGAUUCCUAAGAGUCCUUCGGGCAAGAUCCUUCGACGAUUGUUACGAGACGAGGCUGCUAAGGAGUCGCAGUAA